CACCACAAUCGUAUUAAUUACAACUUGCAGUCUUCAAUUCUCUCUCCCAAAUCCCAAUUAACCCCUGGAUAUUCACCAUCUUUCCUUCCCAAAUCAACUCGCAUUUAAGCAAACGUAGCUAUAUAUCUAUCCAUGGGAAAGAACAGAAAGACCGUCCUCUAUGCUCUGAGGUUCAUAGCCUUUGCUGGCACACUUUCAGCGGUCAUUGUCAUGGUGACAAGUAAGGAGGAAAAUUACUUUUACGGUGUAGAAUUGGAAGCAAAGUACACCCAUUCUCCCGCCUUAACAUACUUUGUCAUUGCGAAUUCAAUCGGAGCCGUUUACGGAUUUCUGCUUCUCUUUCUUCCACCAGCCAGUAUGCUCUGGCGUUUCGUGGUGGCCGUCGAUGUGGUCGUCGUACUGUUGCUGUCUUCCAGCUUCUCGGCAGCCAUGGCGAUAGCUUAUGUGGGGAAGGAAGGGAACUAUUACGCAGGUUGGCUACCGGUCUGCGACCAAAUCUCCGACUUCUGUCACCAUGUAACAGGAGCUCUGACUGCUGCCUUCGUUGCUCUUGUCAUCUACACGGUGCUCCUCCUCCAUUCCAUCCACACUGUUCUGAAUCCUCUUCUUGUGUGAAAGCUUGGAUAAGCCCUCUGAUGUUUUAAUUUUCUGGUCCCGCAUUUAGGAGUUGCUCUGUACUUUGUUAUAAUGUACGUACGACUGUUGUGAGAAUUUACAUUUAUCAAAAUCGUAACGACUUUUGCUGCGACGUGGCUAAACAAUUGUUUGCUAACGCAAUAGCCUCUGGACCCACAGUGAGAGGUUGGAUGAUUAUCAUUUAUGAGUCUCAUAUCAUAUAUUUUAGGGAAAAUGACGGUUCAGUGCAGAAUUCUGAAUUCCACUGCAUGUCAAAUAUCUCCACCCUAUGUAUCAAUAUUCGCUCGUCAAUGGGUAUUAAUUCAGAACUGGCACCUAUCUCAAUUGUAUCUUGGAAUUAUUGUCCUUAUGCAUCAAUGCCCAUUUAUAAAGUCAUUCUCCUUAAAAUAUAGGGAAAUAUAUAUUUUAUGACU